CAUGUCUAAAUCUCAUUUUCAUAUCACAGCCACUCUGUGUAUGCAGAAGACACAUUUUUUCUACUUUACUGAUGAGAAAAUUGAGGCAUGAAAAGCUGUAGCAAUUUACUCUAGGUCGCAAAAUUCCCUUUUAUUCCAUGUUCAGAAUUGACUAUUUAUAAUCACACAGCAAAAUUCAGAAAUCGCUUUCCUGAUAUUUCAAAUUUUAAGCCAGUAUCAUGAACAGUCUAUUAAUAAGGAAAGAUAUUUUCCCUUAUUUUAUACUUGAACCAUAUGGCUAUUUCAAUAUUUUUUUACUUAACCACAGUUUCUCUACAUUUCAUUGUUCAUGUUGAAGCAUUUGACUAAAAUAUAGCAAAACUACUGUGCCUUUCAAGGGGGUCAAAAUGUUUUCUGUGGAUGGAUUCACGUGUCAUGUGAAUAAAGAUGAAAGGACCUUUGUUGUACUCCUCUUCUGGGAAUCUUUUUAGGGAUAUUACUAAAGUCAAGAAUAGAUCAGAAAUGAAGAAAAGAUGGGAAUAAAAGAAUAGCUUUCAUGGAAAAUUGAAAUCAUUCCUUUUAAAGUUCACAAUUUCCACCCUGAUGAUAGAUCCCCAGCCUUGCGGGAUGGGUUCUUCCUAGAUAUAAAGGUGACAGCCACGAGAGGAUUUUGAUGCAACUGUGAUUGAUGUCAGCAGGGCCAGGCAGUGAUACUUUAUUACAAAUUUAAUGGACAUUUAUUAAGCUGAUUCAAUGGGAGCAGCCCAGGGCUAGAUGGGGCUGAGAGAUACAAAAGGAAGAUGCAAUCUAUGAAGGUCUGGGGGACCAGUUAGGGAUCGAAAUUGCACUGAUUUGAGUUGUUAUACAUACUCAUUCCAUGCCAGGAGCUCUCAACAUCAUCAUUUUGUGUCUGCCUCUCACAAGCCCGGACUGGAACAGCAUGAUUCUACCUCAUGCAAGGUGAGAAUAUGUGGAGAGAUUUGGUAAUUUCCCCAGGGAAGCUCUUGUCACUCACCUAGACAGGAAAUAGCUAGAGAAUAACGGAGGCACAGCCUAAAGUUGGGACACGUGUCUAAGAUGCAGAUUUAUGCUUUCGUCCAUGAUACAGGAAGUCUACGCUUCAUAGAGAAGACAAAACAUGAACAUUUCAGUGCUUUUUUAAUAAGUGAAGUGGUUGUGGAAAUAUUUGCAAGGAAGAAACAUCUUUUUAGUAUAGAAGAGUCCUUGGCUAGUUGACAGAACUUUUUCUUUCUUGGGUUAAAUGUAGUCACUUCUAUUAUAUCCUGAAGCAUCUGGCUCUCCCGGUAAAGACAUGUGAGCACUGCCACAGGCCUGGAAUGUCUCAAGAGGGUAAGAAUAGCCUACAAUGAGAGAUGACUCCUGCUGUCUUCUGGUCACUGCAGUUGUCAAGAAUGCUUUGCCUCAAAGGCAAACAGCUCAGGGCCGUCUCAGCUCGGAGACAGAAAACUGACCUCCCAUUCCUGAGCUCGAAGCUUUCCAUUUAUAUCUGCAGCUCUCACCUCUAAGUCUUUUGUAGAGAAGAUAUAUUUAUUCCUGCAAAGAUUUGCCACCUUCUUGGAGAAUAAUACAGCCUUCCGACGUCUCCAGCAGCCUUGGGUCUGCAACACUCGGGAAAGAUGGAACGUCUGGAUCUGCUGGGAUUCCUUCUUAUCACCGUCAACUGCAACAUGACCAUUGUGGGGAAGAUCUGGCUUAUCUUCAUGGUACUGCUGAGGAUGGUGGUGAUCAUCCUGGCAGGCUCCCCUGUCUACCAGGAUGAGCAGGAGAGGUUUGUGUGUAACACUCUGCAGCCGGGAUGCGCCAAUGUUUGCUACGACAUCUUCUCCCCGGUGUCCCAGCUGCGGUUCUGGCUGAUCCAGAGCGUGUCUGUCCUCCUCCCUUCUGCCAUUUUCAGUGUCUACGUGCUCCACAGAGGGGCCGUGCUCGCCGCCCGUGGACUCUGUGGGCCAGAUGGCGGUUCCACCCGCCCUGAGCCCUGUGACCAGAGCCCUGGGGAUAGGCACCGCCCUCCGCCCUGCAGGGAGCCCUACCACCUGACGGUGCCGGAUUUCUCCUCCAGCUACAUCGUCCACCUCUUCCUUCGGGUGCUGACCGAGGCGGCUUUUGGUGCCUCGCAUUACCUCCUCUUUGGAUUCUUGGUCCCCGAGAGAUUCUCUUGCACCCACGCUCCCUGCACCAGCGUGGUGGACUGUUACGUCUCCCGGCCCACGGAGAAGUCCAUUAUGAUGCUUUUCAUGUGGGCGGUCAGUGCGCUCUCCCUGCUGCUUAGUGUGGCUGACCUCCUCUGCAGCGUUCGUGGGAGGACGAGCAGGGGCGGGGCCCCCGCCAAGGAUCCCUUGGGCCACACCGCCGGCCGCCCGCUGUCCCGGAGCCUGGGCCCUAGGUCAGGUCCGAUUGCCGGCAACGGUGCGUGGGUGGAGGAGGGGGCGCCCAUCCACCCCGGCCUGUGGACUGGAGCGGAGGGUGCCGACAGCCCCAGUGGGAAGUCCGCUGUGUCGGGGCGGAUGCGGCUUCCGGAUGAAGAUGAGAGCGAGGUGCUGUCCUCUGCCAGCGAGAAGCUGGCCACGGCUUGCAAAGAGCCCGGGAGUAGGGCACAGGCGGAGGCCUCCCAGGACCCCAGGGUCGAGGGCCCCACAAGGUCCGAGGAGCAUCUCUUAGUGUCUCGGAGCCGGCUGGGCCGGCGCUAUCCAUCCGGUCAGCUACCGCCCCCCGACGGGCUCGCCAACUCCAGAUCCAGAAAGUCUGAGUGGGUCUGAAGAGGGAGUGCCAGGCAGCCCCGGGGUGCCCUGUCCUGUACAAACGGACACGUGGCCCACGAGGAUGCAGACUCGCUUUGGCCUGUGUGAAGCUAAU